AUGUCUAAUCCUUCACACCUCAAAAUUAAUUCUAUUGUAUACAUAAUAUAAGCGCCUCUUGGAUAAGGCACAUUUGGUAAAGUUUAUAAGGCUCAGUAAUUCAGUUCCAAAAAGGUAGUUGCCAUUAAAGUUCAAAAUCAAAUUAAUGAAUCUGAGAAGGCGUUGUUAUUAUAAUUUAAAGAAAAGAAUUUCAAAAAUCUUGUGAACAUUUACGAUUAUGAAGAAUAACACAAUCACACUUAUAUAGUGAUGGAAUAUUGUUCUCAUUCACUUUACGAUCAAAUUCAAACAAACACAAUUAAUCCAAAAGAUACAAGAUACGUAUUCAAAUAAAUCUCAAAUGGCUUAUAUGAGCUUCAUUCAUAGGGUUUGGCUCAUAGAGAUCUAAAACCAGCAAAUAUACUCAUAUGUCAACUCUAGGAUCGUGGCCAUGUGUAAGAAAUGUAUAAAUUAUGUGACUUCGGAACUUCUAAAAACUCACAAAGAUUAACAACAGCAUGUGUUGGUACUCCUUAUUAUCUAGCUCCAGAAUAAUUAUAAUAAUAAACGUAUGAUAAAAGUGUUGAUAUAUGGGCUUUAGGGGCUGUUAUGUAUGAAUUAUUUACAAAUACUCCUCUUUUUUCAGGUUCGACUGUUCUUCAAAUUUAUGAUAAAAUUAAAAAUUAUGAAAUAAAUGCAUAAAUUGAUAAUCUUAAUGAUCUAGAUAUUAAGUAUAAGAAUUUACUAAAGAGUAUGCUAAAGAAAAACCCAUAAGAGAGAAUUAGUAUAGAAGAAAUACGAUAGAAAAUAGAAGAACGGGUUUCCAUGAGUGUUGAAAGAAAACCUUAAACUAAUCCAGCUAAUUGCUAAUUUAAAGAGUUAAAAUCAUUAAAUCUAUCUAAGCCAAUUAAUAUCCCAGGCUAAAUUCAAGGCUAAAAGCCUCCACUUAAUUUAAAUGUCUAUCCUAAGAAAUAACCUUAAUUUUAAUAACCAAAUAACACUUAACCUCCUAUAUUGUAAAACCAACUUUAAAAUUUCAACCAAAAUACUUAAACAUAGAACUAGAAUUUAAAAUAAUUCCAAAUUCCAUCAGAAUUUUAAUGGUAAUAACGUAGGUCUGUGCCAGAAUUAGCUUAAAACAGUUCUAAGAUAGGAAAAUGA